AUGGACAAUACAUCAGAUGCCAGAAAUGUCCUGUUGAUGGUCGCUGAUGAUCUAGGUAAACAGCUAGGCUGUUAUGGCGCAGAAACUAUCAGAACGCCUAACAUAGACCGCCUCGCAGCACAGGGUACUAGGUUUGAGAAUGCAUUUGCUAGUACAGCUUCAUGCAGUGGAAGCAGGUCGGUCAUAUAUACUGGUCUUCAUACACAUCAAAAUGGACAGUACGGGCUCGCGAGCCAUCGCCAUCACUUCGUCACGUUCGAUCAUGUCGAGACUGCCCCUCAAUUGUUAAACCUUAUCGGGCACAGAACUGGAAUUAUUGGCAAAGUUCAUGUUGGUCCUUCUUCUGUUUAUCCCUGGGAAGUAAACCAAGAAAGCGAUACUCGUGACGUUGCAGUCAUUGCCGACCAGGCCAAAGAUUUCUUCCAACGCACCAAGCACGAUUCAAAGCCAUUCUUUUUGACUAUUGGCUUUGUGGACCCUCAUCGUGACCGAACCAGAGGUGGCUUUGGAAAUGAUCAGAAUUUCGAUUCCCGCGUGAAUAAAAGUGACUACGACAAAAACUGUGUCGAAAUCCCUACAUUCAUUAACGAUACACCUGGAACUCGUCUGGAAUUAGCAGAGUAUUAUAACUCAAUCCACCGCCUUGAUCAGGGUGUUGGCUUCAUUCUGGAUGCACUUGCAGAUAGCGACCUUUCCCGUUCCACCUUGGUUAUUUUUCUUAGUGACAACGGACCACCGUUCCUCAAUUCAAAAACCACCCUCUUUGACGCUGGCGUUCAACUGCCGCUAAUAAUACGACACCCUGAGCGACAACCUACCGUGAAUGAUAUGCUUGUCUCCUAUAUUGAUAUUCUUCCAACGGUGCUGGAUUUUGUUCACCAUCCUGCCGCUAUAGACUCUGCGGGGAAGCGUCUUGGCUCGUCACUUCUUCCAAUCCUCGGCACCUCCGCAACGCUUUCCAGACCGGACGAGGUCUUUGGCUCUCAUACAUUUCAUGAAGUCACAAACUAUUGGCCAACUCGAUUUAUUCGGACAAGGCGUUAUAAAUACCAUCGAAACAUUGCUUGGCGGUUAGACUUUCCAUUUGCUGCUGACAUCUACGGAUCGCUGUCGUGGGAUGACAUUCGAAAUUCAACUGAAGAAAUUAUUACAAUUGGUCAACGAAAACUGAAGGAUUAUUUCUUCCGUCGUCCAGAGGAGCUGUUCGACCUCCACGCUGACCCUCAUGAGAUAAAUAAUCUAGUGGACGACGCUGGACAUCAGGCUCUUCUCAAAGAGCUCAGAGGAAAACUAGAACAUUGGCAGCGCAGAACAGAGGAUCCUUGGUUGUAUCGUGAUGGAGUAUCUAUUUGGUUUAAUAGAUAUCAUUUUCCGGCUGGCUUGAAAAUUCCAAACCAUCUGGACCUCGAUGUUUGUCAUCCGGGAAACACAGAGCCAGAUUCAUAUCCCGUGUCUCUUCCUUGGGGAACAGAUCUUAGAUGA